AUGCCGUUGACGGCAUCACCUCUUGGACCUAGCGAGGGCUUCAACUGGGUCUUCCUUAUUGAACUUCUCGUCUGCGGCAUUCUAGCACUCUUCUUCCUGUUCUACUUCAACCGGCUGUUCGCCACCGUAGUCUCAUAUGCGAUACGUGCGUACACCUGGCACAGAUAUCGGGCCUACAUCGACAUCACUGCGCUACAGAUCAGUCUGCUGGGUGGGAGGGUGUUCUUCAAAAGCAUCAGAUACCACGCGCAUAAUAUCACAGCAUUUGCGCAUGAUGGGCAUAUCACAUGGCGAUACUGGCUUGGUGCCGUACAAGAAGCUCAGGUCUUCGAAAAUGACGGUCCACAAGGCGACGGAAAGCACGGCGGAGACGGCGAGAAGAACGGCGAGAGUACAUCAGAGGACGAGAAGAAGUCGGGUCGAAGUUGCAGCAUAGGGAAGGCCGAGGAAGCUGGUGGCAAGGCGAAGAAGCAGCAGCCGUGCCGGAUCUCGAUUAAGGUUGCCGGUGUAGAAGCUUUUGUCUACAAUCACAGUCCUCUGUACGACUCCAUUAUCGAUGCUACGUUGGGAAAGGCGAAAGAUGCGCCGGUUCCGUCUCCCAGACCAGACGAUGGACAACCACUCGGUCAUACAAGCUCGCCAUCUUCUGCUAGUGGAGACAACGAGAAGUCGGCAGCUGCAUUUGGUGCGACUACUGGUCGAGUUACCACGCAAGAUACUGAUCCCAGCACGAUUGCCGCGAGCGGGCAGCGAUCGGAGGUGCCCUCUUUGUUGCGAAUGCUACCCGUUAGAAUCGAAUGUAGGCGUGCAGCUGCUGCAGUGGGCAACGAGUUCACCACGAGUGUCAUUACUGCAAAGCUGGAUAAAGCUACAGGUACCAUAGAUGCAGGGCAGGCUGCGUCUCCCCUAGAUCUGUUCAAGCUUUUAUUCGACUUCGAAAUCGAGAACGUUACAGCGCAGAUGAAGCCGAACAGGGACUUCAAGCAGCUGCAACGCGAAGCCGCACAACGUAUUCUGCGUGAGAAAGAAGGUCGAGUUACAGUCAAGCGGAAUUGGAGUCUUCGGCUUGCUGAUGGAAUAACUCCAAAGUGGAGUCAGUUCGCAAGCAGGUUUCGGCGGCGACGCAGUGCUGCUGGCUCCGUACGCACCGCCUCGAUGAAGUCUGACGUUCAGCCGUCCGCUACACUGCUCCAGGAUAAGCUUCCCGGAGCAAGCCAAUGGCACGGUCUCGCCCGGUACCUCAAAGAUAUGGACGCUGACGAGCACGGUCAGUGGCGCGAGGUAGAAUAUGCCAAGUCUUCGACACUGAUCGACUGCCCAAGGCUGAGCUUCCGCUUCUAUUGGGACAUACCCGGCAAAGUUCCAACUAGACUAACAGACGGCGACACCUUGCUUGGGGUUGGUAGUGACGACGAUAUCAAUGGAUCUCGACCCCCAGACUAUGGUCUUGAGUUUGGCGUUCAUGGUGGUUUCGUUGUGUACGGCCCAUGGGCCGACCGUCAGCGCGUCAAUCUGCAACAUAUGUUCUUUCCUGCCCAGUACGUGGACGCGGAACCGCAUGCGCCUCUCAAGCCGGGUGACACACGACUCAAUACCGUGUUCAAGAUCCAUGUGGUGGUCGAAGAAGAUGUGACUCUGCGCGUCCCUACGCGUGAACCAAGCAAGGAUGACCAAUGGCAAGGGCGCGGAGACAGCACCAACGUAGGUCAAGCACAAGGUAAGGAUGACGGCAAAUCACACGGGAAGCACAGUCGGAGACGCAAGCGUGGGCGCAAACGCAAGCAAGGCAUCACUGGCGUUGACGCUCGGCCGUACGGCUGGCUCGAUAUCACCGUUAAGCCUGACAGUGUUGUCAAUUACUUCCAGGACAUGUAUCCGCGCUCUAGAGGCUUCCGCAACUCCUUGGAUCUUGAUGUGAAGGGUGUCGAAAUGACUUCAAGUGUCAACCAUGGCCUGCUAUGGCGUUCGAAUGCAGUGACGCUCGAUGCGGACCUGUCUUACCCUCUGUGCUGGAAUGCUUUACGGAGGUGGCCCUUUAACAUAAAGGUGCAUGAUCUCGAGCUGUUCAUUCUGCGCGAUCAUAUGUUUCUAAUCAUUGAUAUGGUCAACGACUGGUCCUCCGGACCCCCGCCAGAAUUCUAUACCUUCGUGCCGUUCUACUACGACAUUAACAUGGAGUUCAAGGAUUGGUGCAUGUACCUCAACGUUAACGAUGCAAACAUAAUCAACGACCCUGCCGACUUUGACCUGAACGACUACGUCACCCUGGAGGGCCGGAGCUUGCGAGGCGCCAUCCACAUCCCACUUGAGUACUUCCGGCCAAAGAGGAACGAGAUCAGCUUUGAGGUUCUAAGUCUGGACAUGGGUAUGCGCAUGCUAAACCCGCCCCGCAGCACCCUUCACACUCUGAUCAAAGAGAAGCGAGUUGCGGAUCUGCCUAAGCUAACGCUGUUCGGAUCGUUUGACCAGUGUUCGGAGGAAAAGCCAGGCUUGAUCAACAUUCUGCGCUUCGACAUCAAUUCUUGGGGUCUGAAUCUAAGGGCUCAUGGGCAGCUGAUCCGUCUGCUCAUCAAUGUCAAAGAGAACUUCUUCGGCGACUACAUCCAUUUCAAGACGUUAGAAGAAUUUCAGCAUGCCGCGGACGAUUUGGAAGAGGCGAACGCAAAGACUGCAUCUCUGCCGCACCCUCAGGAGAUAAAUGAGAUGGACGUCAUACUUUGCAUCGUUGUGCACGACUCGACUGUUCUCUUUCCGACCAACCUGUAUGCCGCUGAUCGAUUUGUGCGGGCUGACGUGCCGCAUGCCAACCUUGACCUGCGUAUCGUCAGUUAUUACCUCGACAUGACCCUCAAUCUUUCGCCAAUCAGCAUCCUUACGAGCUCAGGAGGACUUGAAGACAGCCAAAGCCACUCCUCGAAUGAGCCCACAAGCAGCACACAAUUGUUCGUAGGUCAUAUGGAUCUACACGGACAUCGCGCAUUUGGACUUCCACCCAACGAGCCUGCGUAUGUCAGUCAAUGGGACAUCAAUGUCGGCAACAUUACCGGAGAGUGCUCGAAUGUCUUCGUCCACGAUCUUGUACAGCUAUUUAAGACGUUCCCAUUCGCCUUCACAGAUGGUGAAAACGCACUUCCGGUAUUUUCGCCCAACAUCUUCAACGACAUUACGUUCGUGCAGGUACGCACAGGUCAUGUGCGUCUGUGGGUGCAUAUUGGAGGUGAGGCAAUCAUCAUUUCCGCCUUGCCUGUUGCUGUGGACACAAGCGACUGGGCGAAUGAUCGAUUCUCUCAGCGUAUCAACGUGCUGGUACCACGUAUUACGUUGGCUUGCGUGGACGUACGUGGUGCGUCAAGACAGCGUCUUCGCGAGCACCAAAAACAGCGCGCCCAUACAUACGCAUUCUUGCAGACUGGCGCUGUCUUGGAUGUCGUCAUACGCAAGCGGCACUUCAAGCAGCAGAGGCAGACGCAACAGGCUCAUGACCCUGAGCCCGACCAAGAUGCAGACCAUACAAGCGUGCUAAUAUCAAUUGAACCCGGCAUCCGUGCCUAUGUUGAGCCCAAUGUCCUUGAAGUGGCUGCCGAGAUUAUGGACAACAUCAUCGCCGGCAGUACGGAGGACGUCAUGGACGCUUUUCAGCUCGAUGUAAUGGGUACCAUCUCUGGUCGGCAAAAGGCUCGACAUGGUCAGAGCACCGUCCUAGAGAUCCAUGCAACACUGCCAUCAGCACAGCUCAGAGUGUCGAAUCCGUCAGAGAGCGAGAACGGUGAGAGUGAUCAGGCCAAUAUCAGCAUUACAAACCUCCGACAAAUGGUACGGGUACGCAACAAGCUUUCAUCCAAUGGCAGUGCUAAAUUGCCAUCAGUUUCGCGAGAAGCCAUGAGCGUGCGGCUGGAUGAUCUUCUUGCCUGGGUGGUCUUGUCUGACGUCAGGUCCGUUCAUGCUUCCGUAAGGGAUGCGGACGUUAGCAUCAUGGGCACAGAAGCGCAAUAUUUAGGACGCCUUGCACUCCGGAUAUUGAGUCGUGUGAGAGAUACGGCCUCGCGCUUCCAGCAGCCUUCAGAGCAUGCUCGGCACAAAUUGCUGUUACUUAUGUACACUCUCACCCAGCAUAGUGAGAGCAUUAACGACCCACCCUUCAUGUCACGAAUGACGUUCAUCCUUCGAGCCUUUCAGGACCAUUUCAGGAACCAGGACUCUUGGAAGGUUCUUGCACGCUUUCGUCACAUCCUUCAGAACCUUCCAGAUAGAGUGAGGCAGGAUCUGGAAGCGAAAUACAAGACUGAUAACCUUGCGUGCCCUGGAGACGCCUCCGCUCAGGUCCUCCAGAGCUGGGCGCAGUGGCGAAACUGGGAUGUCAUCAACAUCGAACAAGCCCUGGUAUUCCGCAUGCUUUACAGCCAAGCGGAAGCAGUGCCGUUGGAGGAGCGUCCGGAGCUGCCACUGACAAUGACAGUCCGGUCAGACGCAAUAAGCGUCAGCGUAAAAAGUGGGUCUGAGUCCAACAUGGUCAUGAUUGAGGAUAUGUCGCUUGGCAUGGACAUGAUGCCGCCUACGAUGCCGACUGGUUUGAUGCUGGUCGAAGAGAACGAGCGUACCAAGUCCCUGCUGCAGAUCCAUACGAGCUCGAUUGGGUUCACUCUUGAUUGGAGCAUCUACCAUCUCGUAGACGGCGUUGUGCCCAUGCUUGAAGACUUCAAGACCUUGGCCGACGCCAUCACUAAACCCGGGUCGCCAAGCAAAGCUGCUGAGCCCAGACCACGAGAAGAGCUCGGUCGACACGACUUUCACAUCGUUCUGUCCACUGAUGACGGCAACAUUAUCCUGAAGAGUAUCAAUCUGCGCCAUUUGUCGCGUGCUGAAGGUCUGAAGAUGUCAUUGAUUGGGACGACAGCCCUUAGCGAGAAAUAUACGCAAGCCGUUUGUGCGCUGAUCAAUGUCGACCGUGCUGUCACCGAGCUCCACGGGCUGACCAGCUGUAUCUGGCGAUCAUUACUAACAUCGCCAAGUGUAUAUGUUGAUCACCUCCAGCCAGCCGCCGGUGCCGACGUUGCAGCAUCAAUCGUGGUGGCUGUAGCCUACAAUGAGCUUGAGAUAGCAGUCACCGAGCAGCUUCCGGGCAUUUUGCAUCUUGUCGAUGCUGUAAUCAUAGACGAAGUGUCACAAGCACUGGAGCUCGUCAAGCGCGCAAUGCCAGCGCCGACAGAGUCAAGGCUACCGCAGGCGAGCUCUAAAACCGGAUCGGUGGAGACACCAGCUCCGAAUCUCAAUGUGGCACUCUUAGCCGGCAAGCUUGAAGUCGAAGUAUCACUUCUGCAAGCGCUGAGUUACCACUUAGAAGGCACAGCAGCUAGCCUACGGCUGCACCCAAGUCUACGAGCCGACGAGUCAGUAGAUGUCGACUUUGACGUCGGCAGGCUCAGCCAUGCAUUCGUGAAUCGCAGCAAGGGCGAACGCCACGAUCAAGGCUUGUUUGAGCAGCCGCCAAUCAAUGGUCACGUCGAUCACGCCUCGAGUUCGGACAGCGCUUCAAUCAACGUUGCCAUGACUGUAGAGAAGCUAGAAAUUGAUGCUGCUGCGCUACAAGGGAUAUUGUCUGUGGUUAAUAAGCCGGAAGUGCGCCAUGUCCUUUCUGCGGUUCAGGCAAAUGUCAAGACAAUCCAGGAUCAUGUUGCGCAAUUGGACGUUGCCCACCCCGAGCCAGAAGCAGUCGCCUUGAAUCCACGCAAGAAGACAUUGUACAGCAUACGGUUUGCGCUUCUCGGCGUACGAAUCGCUGCAAGCACACCAAGAGUACGAGGCCGCUCGACGGCAGAAGUGGAGUUCGGUAUCGGACCGCUGCAUGCUGUUGCGAGUAAUAGGAGCACCAUCUCCGACGCCAACCCUCUACUUCCUGAGAUUCGAGCACUUGUCCAAGACAUUGGCGCUAGGCUGUGGGUGGACGAUCGCGCCAAGCACUACCCAUGCGGCAAGAUUGCUCUGGGAAUAAAGCUGCACUUCAAUAUCUAUUCGAAAGAUGGCAGCGUUACACGCCAGCUUGAUGUCCGCAGUGACGGCCUUGAGGUGAACGCAUACCCAGACACGGCACCUACGGUCGUCGACGUGGUGAACCACAUGCAGGACAGAUUGCGCGACCUUGAUGUUUCGCAUGAGAUCGAGUAUCUGAAGAAACUGCGCGACUCCCGGCGCCAUACCAUCGUCCAGAGCCUGAAGAGCCAUCCUGUGCCGGAGGAUGAAGAAGCCACCUUCUCUGCUGCAGACCUACUUUCUGUACAGACCACCGUCUCGCUGACUAACAUCCAAAUCAGCUGGCUCGUCGACCAACGUUUUAUGAUCGUGCCGCGCGGCAAAGCGAAAGAUGCUGUACUUACAUUGUCGAGCAUUGAGUUUACCACACACGGUGGCCACGAAGCCCGCCUAUCUAUCAACAACUUACUUCUGCAGCUCGCGAAAAAGAAUGAGAGUAAGGGCCAACGAGCGCUGAACUCUGCUCUGCUGCCCGAGGUGGGGUUCAGUGUCGGAUACUGGACGCAGGGAAAGAAUCGCAGUCUGGCGUUCAAGGCAACUGGUAAGCCUUUGGAUCUCAGACUGCAGACUCGCUUCAUUGUGCCAGUGAAUGCUGUGCAGCGCUCGGUCGAGUACGCAGUUGAGAAGGCGCGAGUGGGAGCUGCAGCUUGGCAAAGCACGCCGACUGCCAGUGGCGCUCCGCGUCAGAAGAUGUUCGAUACCAAGCGGCUGGCCUCACUGCUUGUCGAGGCUGACUUUGCAGGAGCACAAGUUUACAUGCAGGGAGUCGGAUCGGCCAACAAGUCGCUCAGCGCUGCUGCAGCCUUGUCCCAAGAGCACUCGCCUCACUCGCCUCAGCAUGGCAGAUACGGCCAAUUUGCUUCUGAAGGCGAGCUGAUGAGUACUACGCUACAGACACCUGGGAUUGCACUAAAGGUGGAGUACAACACAGGCGAUCACCAGCCAAGAUUAAAUGGAGAGCUCCGAAUCGAUGCGUCGAACAACAUGCUGCUUCCGAAUUUUGUGCCACUCAUGGUAGAGGUGUCCAAAAGUGUGAAAGAAGUCAUUCAGCAAAGCCAGGAAGAGGACAAAUCCGCUCCAUCGAAACCGGCCGAGGAUGCCGAGUCAAAGGCCAAUCCGAGGUUUUUUGAGGAGGAAUCCAUCAUUACUGCAGACCCUGCCGCUCUCUUCGGCAAGAUGAAAGUUGAUCUAGGACUCCGCAUUUGCCGACAGGAGUUCGGCCUGAGCUGUCAACCGAUUGCUCGAGUCGACGCCAAGGCCGUGCUUGAUGACUUCUACUUUACCAUGAACACCAUCGAGACAGAAGAAUAUGGCCACUUCUUCGCCAUGUCGGCGGUGCUCUCUAAUUUCUCGGCACAGGUCAAGCAUGUGUACUCCCGCGAGCCGACCUUUAGCUUCAUCAUUGACUCUGUGGUACUUUCAGCUAUGAAUAGUAAGCACCUCAGCGGCGUCAACGGAAUCUCCGCGAUCUUGAAAGUCAACCCCACAAAACUGUCAGUCAACGGGAAACAGCUCCAGGACUUGCUGCUGUUCCGCGAGGUGUGGCUGCCUCCAGAAAUUCGUGAUGCGCACUCUGCUCCAGCCUCAGCACCCAGCACUCGGCCUGAAGACUUUGCAGUCCACCGGUACCAGCUCGCCGCUGCCGCCGCUGCUUUUCCGUGGAACGCCACUAUCACUAUCACUGAGCUGAACGUGGACUUGGAUCUUGGCCAAAGCAUAGGCAAGACGUCCUUCGUGGUCAAGAACCUCUGGGCUUCCCAACAGAAGUCAUCAAACUGGGAGCAGAAUCUGUGCGUGGGUUUGGAAGAGCUUGCCAUGACCAGUACCGGACGCGUAAGUGGGCUCAUCAGGUUGACCCGCAUUGGUGUUCGCACAUCGAUCCAGUGGCCGCACGACACGAAGUCACAAGGUAAGACGCCACUCAUACAGGCCUCGCUGGGGUUCGGCAAGCUACGCGCAAAAGCGGCUUUCGAGUACCAGGCAUUUGCUUUCGGCGAUAUUGAAGGCUUCGAUUUCCUGAUGUAUAACGUGCGGGAAGGCCAUCCCGAACAUGGCGACCGUGACCGACUUGUGGCCGUAUUAGACUGCUCGAAAGCGUAUGUCUUUUGUACGUCGACAAGCUCUGCGCAAGCCGUAGGCCUUUACCAGGCCUUCGACCGGCUCAUACAAGAGAAGCAAGUGGCUUAUAUGCAAUCACUCAGAGAUAUUGAGAAGCACGUAAGACGAGAAAGCGUGGUAAUACCCACUCGUUUCGGACCUGAAGUUCACGACAAGCCUAACGUGCCGGCCGUAUUGCAGGACAAGGGCUUGGCAAUCUCGCUACAUACCGAUGUGGUUGUCACACUCGGGGAGUUGAGCUUUGGAGUGUACCCAAGUACCUUCUUUGACACACAGCUGGUCAAGCUGGAAGCGAACAAUAUUCAAGCCCGUUUCGCCGCGAAUCCGGACCGUGGGAGGAUACAUAGCGCACUUGGCAUCACUCUCGGUCAACUUCAGGUUGGGUUGCCGUCCGUGAGGCGACUGACGGCGACGGCUCGGCCGCUCGAAGUCUCGGUAGACGACGUAGUGGGCAGCGCAACUAAUGCAAAAGGCGGCACAAUCCUACGUGUACCGAAAGUGGUAGCGUCCAUGCAGACUUGGCAAACGCCCGACACUAACAGCGUUGAUUACAUCUUCAAGAGCCUCUUCGCCGGCAAGAUUGACGUGGGCUGGAAUUUGUCUCGUGUCAACUUCAUUCAAGGCAUGUGGACAACCCACACGCGCGCGCUGGCCUCUAGGUUGGGUCGUUCACUACCGCAGUCCGCCGUCAAGAUCUCAGCCGCCGAGGGGCAGAGGGAAGGCGAGAAGAAGGAAGAAAAGAUCAUGGCUGAGGUGAACCUGCCGCAAUCACGGUACGAAUACCAGGCACUUGAGCCUCCUGUGAUUGAGACACCGCAGUUGCGGGACAUGGGCGAGGCGACGCCUCCAUUGGAGUGGAUCGGCUUGCAUAGGGACCGACUACCUAACGUGACUCACCAGAUCGUUAUUGUGAGUCUGUUGGAGGUGGUCAAGGAGGUUGAGGACGCUUAUGGGAAGAUAUUGGGCACAUCCUAG